AUGGCGUCCGAGAAACGUUUACGACGAAUAUCCCAAGUCAAACCGCGGCCUUCCAUGGGUCCCAAAAGAUCGUCUAGCCUGCGUCGGGCUUACAAUUACCUCUUUCACCAAGAUGCUCCCGUGUCCAGACCAUUACCUCAGAAGCGGGCAACGGAACCUCCCAAGACGGACCAAGUGGCCGCUGGCCAGGAAGACAGCCAGAACAAGGAGCUGCUACAAUGUCGACAGGAGCUCGAAGAAGCCCGAGAGAUGCUCAUCACUCAAGACAGGGAGAUGGCAAAUCUCGAACAAAGUCUGGAGGCUCAGUACAGAGAAAAAGAAGAGUCAUUGAGACAACAAAAGGUGGCGCUGGAGGAGCAGAUGGUGGCAGUUGUCGUCCAACAGAUCAAAGAUGCACGGACAGCGGAACGAGAGGCAGUCCGAGAAGAAUACAAGCGGGAGUAUGAAGCUGCAACGGAGACCAUUCACCACAAAUACAAAUCGAGGGUUGCCAUCCUCACACAGGAGUUGCAUGAUGCCCGUGCCGGGAAAGAACAGCUCACGGCCGGAUACGAGAACGAGCUCAGCCAUCUUCGAGCAGAAGCCGCCUCUCUCACUGCCGACCUCGAAGCUGCAAAGACGGCCAUUUCCGAAACCACUGCGGCGCUGAACAGUGUUCAACAGGUGUCGGCGAGGGCACUCGAGGAUUCCGAGAGAUCGAACAACGCCCUUCGAACCGAGCUGGACGCACAAAUAGCCGCCCUGACCGAGCAGUUGACGCAUGCACAAUCAGGACACCAAAACGCCGAAUUGCGCCUCGAAGACCAUACCAAGCAGUAUGAAAGCCUGCAACAGAGUUCCUCCGCCGCCCUCGAUGCUGCCAAUGAGUCACUUGCAUCUCUUAGAGGAGAACUGGAGGCACAAAUCGAAGCCCGAGCGUCCGAGCUCACUGCGGCCAAGGACGCUUUAGAUGCUGCAACCAAGGAGCGGGAAGCUGAAACCUCGGCACAAAAGAUCCUUCAAGAAGAGUUGGAACAUGCGCGGGGACAGAUUGCGGAACUCACCACCAGCUUGCAAGGCCAUGCCGAAACCCAAGCUGCCUUGUCUGCAUCGGAGGCCAAGAUUGCCGAACUGACGAAAGAUCUGGAAGAUUAUUCGACAAGCAAGGCGGCUCUAGAAGCCACCGAAGGAAAGCUUGCGCAGCUCACGAUCGAACUAGGGGCCUUUGAGGCAAGCAAACAGGAACUCGAAAGCUCUCGGGACAAGAUUGCCCAACUAGCUGUAGAGCUCGAGGACAACAAGGCGUCUAAAGAAGCUCUGGACGAAGCAGAGGCAAAGAUUGCUCAACUAUCGCUUCAGCUGGAAGAGCAUUCCCAGCUUCGCGCGGAACUUGACACUGAGAAGGAACGCUCGGCGAAUCUCUCAAAGGACAUCGAUGCGCACGCUGCCGUCGCCACAGAGUUGGGAGAAAAACAUAAAGAGGCUGAGUUGCGCGCCAACGCUGCUGAAGAAAAGCAUGCAGCUAUAAUCGCCGAGCUCCAAACUUUGAAGGAGACUCUAGCCUCAAAGAACGAACAGCACGAGCAGCAUACCAGAGACCUCGAAUCUUCUCAUCAAUCAUCACAGGCUGCUCUGGAAGGAGCCAAUGAGAAAUUGAGAGAGUUGGAAGAUAGUGUCAAGAAGCUCGAAGCUGAGCUUGAAGCAAAGCAACUGGCGGAGCGUGAGUCCGAGGCUGAAACUGCCAAACUCAUAGGUCAACUCGUUGCGGCACAGGAGGAGUCACAGGCUGCUAAUACACAGAUUGCAGCCCUAGAGUCAGAUAAGCAACAACUCACAGAAGCUCUGGCAGCGGCUCGAACGGAAACCGAGUCCAGUGGAGGCCAGAUCUCCGCCAUUCAAGCCGAGAAUUCAAAGCUGACCGAAGAGCUUGGAGUCUACAAAGCCGAGGUAGACAAGCUGAAAGAAGAACUUGAGGCUGCGGCCACGGCGAAAUCAUCCGAAGCGCAGAAAUUCACCGAGUUGGAGACCCAGCAGACGAAGAUUAACGACGAGCUCGAGACCCUGAAGAAAGCAGUGUCAGACUUCGCGGGUGAAAUCACAAGCCUCGAAGCAGAGAAGACCAAACUAGCAGCAGACCUUGAAAGUGCGGAGCUGACUAGGGGAGAGCUUCACGACAAGGUUGCGACAAUUGAGGCUGAGAAUGUCAAAUAUGCUUCUGACAUCGAGAAGAUGACGCAAGAUGUACAGGCGAGCCAAGCAGAACUUGAGCUCGCGAGAUCAGCCAGAUCCGAAGCAGAGCAGAAGCUCGAAGAAGCAGAAAAGGCGAAGCUAUCAGCAGCGGAGCAACUCACAGAACUUGCAGAACAGCUCAAAACGGCCCAGGCAAACAUCGAGGAGCUCACUAGGAAAUUGGAAGCUGCCGAGACUGAGAAGACGACUGUUGAAGCUUCUCUCAAGGGGUUGCAACAACAGCAGGAGUCGAUCAAAUCGGAGCUGGAGUUGAAACUUGUGGCUGCUUCUGACGCCUUACAGAAGGCUGGCGAAGAGUCUCGCGUGUCUGUCAAGGAACUUGAGGACAAACUUGCCGCACUGACGGUUUUCCACAAUACUGCGGAAGAGGCACUGGAAAAGGCUCAAGCCCAGUCAAACGCAUCUAUAGGCGAGUUGGAGGGGAAGUUGGCAGAGGCCCAAACUGCCCAGAAACUGGCCGAGGAGACGUUGGCCACCGUCCAUGCAGCGGCCGAUACUUCCCGGACCGAGCUUGAGCAAAAGCUUGCCGACGCCGAGGUGGCCCAGCAGCAUACCGAGGAGGCUUUGGCUGCGGCGACAGAAAAGCUCAAGACAUGCAGCGAACUGGAAACCAACCUGGCCACGGCCUUGACCGCGCAAAAGUCGGCCGAAGAAGCAGUGGAGACGAUGCGACAGAAGUUGGAGGCUGCCGACGAGGCACAUGCACACCUUGGAGCCGAACUCCAACAGUCCCAACGCGCGAGAGCGGAAGCCGAGAAGAGCGUGGAGGAGAUACAGAAUGUCCGAACCGAACUCGAAGCUGCAAUUGCUGCCAAGUCAGACGCCGAUUCUGGUCUCAACGAAGCCCGGGCGAAACUCGAAUCAAUGCAAGCGGACCAGGAAGCUUCCCAGAACCAUUCAAAAGAGCUUGAGUUGGAACUGGGGAACCUGAAAGCCGCAGUGGCUGAGAAGAACAAACUCGGCGAAGCCCUUGAGUUCAAAGAUGAGGAGAUCCGAGCACUGACCCUCAGCAAGGGCGAGGCAGAAGCCCAGCUGAAGGAAACCACGGCAAAAUUAGAAUCUGUCCAAGCAGAACUGGAUGAUCUCAGAUCGUCGGUCAAAACUGCGACCGACAAGGCCACAAAGGACCUCGAGGCUAAGGAGCAGGAACUCAAGGACGUCUCAGAUCAAAGGGCGAAAGAUAUCGAAAAACUUCGGGCGGACCUGCAAUCCAAAGAAACGGAAAUCGCCGAUAUCAAGGCAUGGAAGCAGAAAGUCGAAGAUGACAUUGAUAGACUGUCGGAGGCGCCAGGGCAGACUAUCAAGGCAGCGGACUCGACGACGGUCUUAUCUUCCGAGAAGGAAGGGGACGGUGAUGACAAGGCUUCCACGGUUGCCAUUGUCAAUGGCGAGAACCCGGACCGAGACCGAGACACAGACACGGCUGGACAGAAACCAAGCGAGACAGACAAGGCAGGUGACGGUGAUAUCAAAUUGGAACAAGAUGCGUGA